UUUCAAAUAUCAAGUGGCCAGUCUAAAUUGCAGCUUUUUAAUCGAUGGACAUGACGUCUCUUUUUAAGUUAGAAAUUGUUUUAUUGAGCGGCUUUCUGUGUGGCUUGGCAGCGGCUGAGCCGAAAUGGUACACCACCUCUGAUGGAAGACGAUUUUUGAUUGAUAAAGAGGAAAAGUACAAUUGGUUUCAAGCUUCGCACGAAUGUGGGCGGCGUAACCUGCAGUUGCUGGAGAUAGACUCGAAUGAAAAGAAUGUAUUACUUAUGGAGGAUGUGCUGGAGAAAGCAGACAUUGGAGACGCUUACCUUUGGAUUGGCGCGAUUGAUGAAUUCAGUAGUAGUAGUAAUAGAGAUUUUUAUUGGACAUCUUCUGGAAGAAAAAUGAAUUUUACACAUUGGAUGGACGGGGAACCAUCCACGUCGGAUGAACACUGCGUGAUAAUGCAUGGAACUUGUCACAAUUUUCUAUGGGAUGAUCGUGGUUGUACUAGUAAUUGGGGUUUUAUUUGCGAAGAACGUUAUUUGGAUGUCGGCUGCAAAAAAGACUGCAAAGAAGAGAAAAACGAAGCUAUUAAGAAAUAUUCAGAAUUGUUCAUAUCUUUACUUGACGAUUGUUCUGAAUUUGAAUAACGGCGAAAAAUAAACUGCUGAAUGAACUUAA